UAGAUCCAGUUUUGAAGUAGGUGAAGUGAACGAUUCGAAGGGAAACUUAAGAAAGUUUCUGAACAAACAAAACACAUUUAAUCAAACCAAUGGAAAACAACGGAACGGACGAAAAGGGUGUUAAAUAUUAUCGUUUGUCAGAGGUGGAGGAACGGAACUCUUUUAAAAGCACAUGGAUUAUCAUUCAUAAUAAAGUGUACGACGUGACAAAGUUUCUCGAGGAGCACCCCGGAGGAGAGGAGGUGCUGCGAGAGCAAGCGGGUGGAGAUGCCACAGAGAGUUUCGAAGAUGUCGGCCACUCGACAGACGCACGCGAGAUGGCCAGUUCUAUGCUCAUAGGAGAACUGCAUCCAGAUGACAGGGACAAGAUUCCCAAACCACCAGAAUCGCUUGUAACAACCGUACAAGAAACAACAAGCUGGUGGUCAAACUGGUUAAUUCCUGCUGUUGCCGCGGUGAUUGUCACGUUCAUGUACCGUAUUUACACCGCAGAGGAGGCAUGAUGGGAUGCUUUCUCAGAGCGGCGCUCAGCUGAAACUACACUACCCAUAAUCCAUUUCAGGUUUAACCAUUACCAUAAAGAUUCUACAAAUGAAGGCAACUUUUGUGUUCGUUUCAAUGUUUGUUGUCAAGUUUAUCCCUUGAGAUUUAAUUCCUGAUAUGCAGAUGUUUUUUAUGAUAAAUAAGAGUAUAUUUUAGAUCUACUUUGAGCAUUAUAAAUAUGUACACUAAA